CGGGGGCAGCGCGGGCCGCGAGCUCAGAUGAGGCGCCCCCGGCCCCGCCGCGGCGUCCCGGGUCCGAUGGCGGCUCCGCCGUGGGACCCGCUCCGCAACGACUCGCUGCCGCCCACGCUGACCCCGGCCGUGCCGCCCUACGUGAAGCUCGGCCUCACCGUCGUCUACACCGCGUUCUACUCUCUGCUCUUCGUGUUCAUCUACGCGCAGCUCUGGCUGGUGCUGCGCUACGGCCACAAGCGGCUGAGCUACCAGAGCGUCUUCCUCUUCCUCUGCCUCAUCUGGGCCUCCCUGCGGACCGUCCUCUUCUCCUUCUACUUCAGGGACUUCGUGGCUGCCAACGCGCUGGGCCCCUUCGUUUUCUGGCUGCUCUACUGCUUCCCCGUGUGCCUGCAGUUCUUCACGCUCACGCUCAUGAACCUCUAUUUCACGCAGGUGAUUUUCAAAGCCAAGUCAAAAUAUUCUCCAGAAUUACUCAAAUACCGGCUGCCCCUCUACCUCGCCUCGCUCUUCAUCAGCCUCAUUUUCCUGUUGGUGAAUCUGACCUGCGCGGUGCUGGUGAAGACAGGCGGCUGGGAGAGGAGGGUCAUCGUCUCGGUGCGCGUGGCCAUCAACGACACGCUCUUCGUGCUGUGUGCCGUCUCCCUCUCCGUCUGUCUCUACAAAAUCUCAAAGAUGUCCUUGGCCAACAUUUACUUGGAGUCAAAGGGCUCCUCUGUGUGUCAAGUGACGGCCAUCGGAGUGACCGUCAUCCUUCUCUACACCUCCCGAGCCUGCUACAACCUGUUCAUCCUGUCGUUCUCCCAGAGCAAGAAUGUCCAUUCCUUUGAUUACGACUGGUACAAUGUCUCAGACCAGGCAGAUCUGAAGAACCAGCUGGGAGACGCCGGAUACGUGGUGUUCGGGGUGGUCCUCUUCGUGUGGGAGCUCUUACCCACCACCUUAGUUGUUUACUUCUUCCGAGUCAGAAACCCUGCGAAGGACCUUAGCAACCCUGGAAUGGUCCCCAGCCAUGGAUUCAGUCCCAGAUCUUACUUCUUUGACAACCCUCGAAGAUACGAUAGUGAUGAUGACCUUGCCUGGAACAUUGCCCCUCAGGGACUUCAGGGAAGUUUUGCUCCAGACUACUAUGACUGGGGACAACAAACUAACAGCUUCCUGGCACCAGUGGGAACUUUCCAACCAGACCCAGUUUUGGAUCCUGACAAACCAAGCCAUGGGUAGUAUCAGUCAACAAUUCUGUGGAAGAUUCCUCAAGUGAAGACCUUCAAAGAGAUUAACUUCAUGACAGCUGAAUUUUUAUAAGGCACUUUUCCUUAAGAAAUAGGACUUGAUUUUUGUUACAGGUUUCUAAUGGCUCCAUAGGACUAAGCAAUAAUUUAGAUUGAUAAAAUCUUAUUUUAGUACUAAAAAGUGAGCCUGGCUGCCUAUUUCAGUGGGUAUAAUUUAAACUUUUAAAAAAACUCUGUACUUUUAUAAAGAUAUAUUUUAUAUAACUUAAAUAAUAAUGCUAAAAUAUCUACUAGGA